AUGGGUCGCAAGCCCAAUCAACUCAUUCUUGAGUUCUUCAUUCGAGGUCCUAAGCUGGAGGACUCGAGCAACCGAUACCAGCACACCUGCAAGGCCUGUGGCGAAAAGUUCCCGAAAGGCCGCAUCGAUAGCCUCACCAACCACCUGGUCAAAAAGUGCCAGGCCAUUCCUCUCCGUGACCGUCAGCGCGUGCUCCUGCGUCUUCACGAACUCCCCGAUCUCACCGAAGGUGAUGCCAACAAGGAUCCUAAUGCUCCCGCCGGAAAGAAGGGUGACGGCUCAUUCGGUAACCGCCCCAACUUCGAUGGUCUGAACGUGCUCGCAGAGGCGUCCCGCCAGGUGGUUGCCUCGGAUCAUACCAAACGAGGCCCUGCAUAUGCUCAGUCCGUGACGUCCGGUGGAAAGACCGUGGUAGUUGACCCCGCGCUGGAGGCCGAGUUUACCGUUCAGUCGGAUGUCAAGGAUGAGGACGAGAAUGCACAGGGAACUGCUCAGUCUUCUGGUACUCCUACCAUUCCCGCCCUCCCCAGUCACACCUCCGACCACCCUUCUUCCAUGUCCCCCCCACUGGGCGACCACUCCAUGACACCCGAUUCGACAUCCAAUGCGCGCCAGUCACAGCUCUCGAUGAUCGCCGCUUCUGCAAACGAGAUGGUCCCUCAGGGACUGACAAUGGACGACGAUGGUUUGAAGAUGAACCAGUGGAAUCAGCAGCUUACGACCCAUGAGCAGCUCCUGUUUGACAGUCUACAAGAGCAUGACCCGUCCCUGACUGCUGCCACCCAGCGGGCUGCGUCGUUCCCGCGACCCAUUGCGAUGAACCCCAACACACAGGCCAAGGGCUUUGUUAACGAAUUUGGGAACUCUACCAAGCCUGCCAAGCCCAAGGUUCGCGGCCGCUUCUCUGAUGAGCGCCGUCGUGAGGUUCAAGAAGUGCGCAAGCGCGGAGCGUGCAUCCGUUGCCGCAUGUUGAAGAAGCCGUGCUCCGGCGAAACUCCUUGCACCACCUGCGCCAGUGUUGAGAGUGCUCGUCUGUGGAAACACCCUUGUAUUCGAACUCGCCUGUCCGAAGAGUUCGAGCUCUACAAUGCCAAUCUCCACGCCACACUUGCCUACCAUGACACCAACUCCAUCAAGAACCAGGUCAAGUUUGAGCACUACGCUGGCCGCAUUGAGGUCACCCAUCUCGAGGAGAGCAUGGUCUAUGUCACAAUCAGCGGACUUCAGGGCCACCGUGCCUCUGUCUCGGCCCUUGACCCGCAGCUUCAAGGCCUGGGCGAUGACCAGUUCUCUGCACCUGCACAGGAGAUCUACCUUCUGGAUAGCGAUGCUGAUGACAUUCCAAGCAAGCUGGAACUGUACAUCAAAAAGACUGCUUCCCUCUUCUUCGAGCGUGAGGAGUCUAACUUCAUGAAGUCCACCUUGAUGCUGGCCUCGGAGCUAGCCCAGGCUAAGAAGGACACCCUGCUUGAGCGUGCCGUGGAUUUGUGGGUCGCUACUCACAUUCUGGUCGACAACGAGCUUACCUGGAAGACAUUUUGCAACCCCACUCUUCCUCCAACCUCGAUGCACUCCCUGUCCCAGCCCUCGGAUGAGGGUCGCCUUCCGAUCGAAGAAGUGUCGGACCCUGAGUCCUACGCUCUGCUGUGCAGCCAGCUGCGUGCUGCUAUGGAAAAGCGUGCCAUGCAGCUAAGCAAGUCUGUCAUCAAUGACCUCGAGCGCCGUCUGCUUCAGCGCCAGAAGACUGGCUGGUUUGAGACCUUCCUCGUGGCUAUUGUCCUCCUGAACUGUGUCGAGCGCACUUGCUGGCUGUUCCGCUCGUGGGACAAUGAAACUUUUGUGCAGCGUUGGCCUUUGGACAAACGUCCCCCUUACUACUACACCCAGUCCGACCGUUUCUCUGACAUCCUGCACAUGCUCCUCCGCAUGCGCAGCCUUCCCCCCAAGUCUGUCGUUCGCCAGGAUAACGGUACCCUCAAGGCCGUCGAUGGCAGCGAUGAGUACGCUAUGCGCUGGUUUGAUAUGAUUCAGGUCACUCCCUACUAUCUUGAGGAGCGCACCAAUGCCAUUUUCGACCCUCAAGAUUCGCGCUCGCUUGACCUUCGCCACAGUGCUGGCUUGCUCUUGCCACACAAUGCCUAG